UGUCUCUGCGAUCAUAACAAGUCAGGAUGUCUGGGACAUAGAGAAACAUAUUUUUCUGUUUUUCUUUAUGUGUAAAGAAACCUAUUUUUAUCAUAACAUUUUUGGACCAAGAAUUUUCGGAACAACAUUUUCUUUAAACUUUUUUUUUAUUUUUCCACGACUCCAAAUAGCCGAGGCGGCUCAUACGGAAAAUUUUGGAUAAGGUAUCUGGUCGGUCUAUAGGGCAGCAGCCAUGGUGUUGAUCCUGGGCAGACGGCUCAACAGGGAGGACUCUGGGACCAGGGACUCCCCCGCCGUCAAACGAAAGGUAUUCGAAGUGGACUCCAAAACCCUGACCGGUAAUGAAGUUCUGGAGUUCUCAUCCGGCUCCUCCCACUCGGAGGCCAUCUUGCAGGUGUUCAACGAGUUCCGCGACAGCCGCCUCUUCACCGACGUGGUCAUCAGCGUGCAGGGCCGCGAGUUCCCCUGCCACCGCGCUGUGCUCUCUGCCUGUUCCUCCUACUUCCGUGCCAUGUUCUGCAAUGACCACCGCGAGUCACGUGAGAUGCUGGUGGAGAUCAACGGCAUCCUGGCCGAGGCCAUGGACUCUUUCCUCAGCUACGUCUACACGGGCCGCGCCAAGAUCACCACCGACAACGUGCAGUUCCUCUUCGAGACCUCCAGCCUCUUCCAGAUCUCCACGCUCCGCGACGCCUGCGCCAAGUUCCUGGAAGAUCAGCUCGACCCCUGCAACUGCUUGGGCAUCCAACGCUUCGCCGACGCCCACGCUCUGAAACAGCUGGCCAGCCGCUGCCGCUCGUACGCCCUGGCCAACUUCCCUGACGUGGCCCAGCACGAGGAGUUCCUGGACCUGAGGAGAGAUGAGCUGGAGGAGUACAUCUGCAGUGACGAACUGGCCAUCGGGAAGGAGGAGGUGGUGUUUGAGGCGGUGAUGCGCUGGGUGUACCACAGUGUGGAGCCCCGGAGGCCCGUGCUUAAGGACCUGCUGCACCACGUCCGGCUGCCCCUGCUGCACCCAAACUACUUUGUCCAGACAGUGGAAGGAGACCAGAUCAUCCAGACGGCGCCAGAGUGCUACCAGCUCCUCCACGAGGCUCGGCGGUACCACGUACUGGGCAACGAGAUGAUGUCCCCCAGGACCCGCCCACGCAGGUCGACUGGCUACUCAGAGGUGAUUGUGGUGGUGGGGGGCUGUGAGCGGGUGGGAGGGUUCAACCUGCCCUACACAGAGUGUUACGACCCUGUGACGGGAGAAUGGAAGGCCCUGGCCAAGCUCCCAGAGUUCACCAAGUCAGAGUACGCCGUCUGUGCCCUGCGCAAUGACAUCCUGGUCUCAGGGGGUCGUAUCAAUGGCAGAGACGUGUGGAUGUACAACUCCCAGCUCAACCUGUGGAUCAGAGUGGCUUCACUCAACAAGGGACGCUGGAGACACAAGAUGGGCGUCCUACUGGGGAAGGUCUAUGCAGUGGGAGGGUAUGACGGCCAGAGUCGUUUAAGCAGUGUGGAGUGCUAUGAUUCCUUCUCUAACCGCUGGACAGAGGUGGCUCCCAUGAAGGAGGCAGUCAGUUCACCGGCCGUGUCCAGCUGUGCUGGGAAACUCUUUGUCAUCGGCGGAGGGCCAGACGACAACACUUGCUCUGACAAGGUCCAGUGCUAUGACCCAGAGGCAGACACCUGGGUACUAAGGGCAAGCAUCCCCAUCGCGAAGCGCUGCAUCACGGCGGUCUCCCUGAACAACCUGAUCUAUGUGACAGGAGGUCUCACCAAGUCCAUUUUCUGCUACGACCCUGCAGAGGACUACUGGAUGCACGUGGUGCACACAUUCAGCAAACAGGAGAGCUGUGGCAUGUCUGUGUGUAAUGGGAAGAUCUUCAUCCUGGGUGGGCGGGGUGAGAACGGCGAGGCCUCAGACACCAUCCUGUGUUACGACCCGGCAACAGGCAUCAUCACCGGGGUGGCCGCCAUGCCUCGCCCCAUCUCCUACCAUGGCUGUGUUACCAUCCACCGUUACAACGAGAAGUUCCUCCACCGGCCCUGACCCCACACACACACACACACACACACACACACACACACACACACACACACACACACACACACACACACACACACACACACACACACACACACACACACACACACACACACACACACACACAGGCUUAUACAUAAACACGCUUUCAGACACACUGAAAAAAAGAUGUAUUGAGACACACUCUCUUUAAAAAUGCUGCAAACGGACAUGCACGCAUAAUCACCCCACUCACACACUCACGUUCUGGAUUCAUCUCAAGAAGCAACUUGUUUAGAAAUUCAGACCACCUACAACCCCAGUUUCUGAUUAAAUUAUUCACUCAUUGUCUUAUGUAGCAACUCUCUCUGGGGUUGGUAUCAUGGAAUUCCUGUUAUGCUACUGCAGAUCCAUCUCUGUCAGUUGUUGUUUUCUGGAGAACCAAAUCACAGACCGUCUGUUAGGCCUCCAGACGCAACACAAUCAGUAUGUCAGCAUCAGUGUGUAGGCUGUGGGCAUUCCUGGGCCGGUAGCAGCUCCUCAGCUGCUCUUCCUAAGAACCAGAGAUUCUGGUCUUUGAAAGUAAACAAAGGGUUGCUUUUCGAGAUGAUGUAUGUUGUCAUGUGCUGACAGGGAAUAGUGAUAGUAAUCAAGAACAAAGAUCUGAUUCAGACUUGAGAGAAAUGAAUUGGAACCUGGCUCUGAUUGACCAGGGGGUGGUACAGGGGGUGGUACAGGAAGGAUUUUAAAAGGCAAAAGGUUAUACUCAUCACUCCAUUGGCUGUAUUCCAACUGUCUUAAAAUGGCCUUAAAAUCACUUGAUAGUAUCAUGGAAACUGAUAACAGUACAUGUAUCAUGGAAUGUAUGGGAGUCCUUUUACCUGGAAGCCCAGAGGGUAGGGAUGGAAGCUAGAGGUUAAAAAUGUGCUCGAACUGAGUUUCAUGACUUCAAUUUGAUAUGCAGUUAAGCAGUGAUUGUUCAGUAUAAUUAUACAGUACCAGUCAACAGUUUGGACACACCUGCUAAUUCAAGGGUUUUUCUUUAUUUUUACUAUUUUCUACAUUGUAGAAUAA